UUGGGAAAUGCCAGAGAGCUCUGUUUCAGAGAUUGUGAUGCAGAAAGAAUGACAGAGAGGACUCAGUAAACAAUCCUAGAGAGAGAAAGAGAGAGAGAGAGAGAGGAGAGAGAGGGAAUCACUGGGGAAAAAAGAUACGGAAACGCUUCCAACCCAAGAAGGAAGGCGAAGUCUCAGGCUUUUUGGGUUCUUCUUUCUCUUUCACUCGUCUGUAGUACUGGUCCUUGGGGGGCAAAGGAGAAGCUAUAAAAAGAAGUAUUUUUGGGUGGGUAAGCGGGCUUUUAAUGCCUGCUCUGUUUUUACAGCUCUUUUUAUAGUCCUCCUCUAUAGUUCUCUAGUACUUCCACACAGUCUGAGUCUACUUCUAGAGAGAGAGAGAGAGGGAGAUAGAGAGAGAGGAGAGAGAGAUCAGAGAAAAUUAUGGCUUUAAUUAUAGAAGGGUCAGGGGCUUGCAGUUGCUGAAGAUAGCAAAAGGGUAUUGUUCUUUUUAGAGAGAGAGAGGGAGGAGUGAGAGAGAAGCGUACUAUUAUUACCCAAAAGGGUUUUGAAAGAGAAGAAGGGAGAGGCUUUUUAAAACAAAUUGGAAGCGGUUCACGGGAUUGUCAGUGGGUAUCUUUCAUCCAGAGUACACGUUGCACCAGAAAGUUGAAAUUUAUAUAGAGAAAGCAGAGUGGAGAGAGAGAGAGAGAGAGAGAAGCGGUGGAGGGGGUGGUGGUAUUGUCUUUUGUCGUUGUAGUUUUGCCAAGAAUAGUCAGAGGACAAAGUGCGGGGGACUGUAAAACCCGGCGCUUUUUUUGAAUUUAAAGAUUUUAAGGAGGUGAGUGAGAGUUUGUAAAUUCUUGUUUUGUUUACGUGAAGUUUUUGAGUUUUUGAAACUUUGUUUUUUUUUUUGUUUUAAAAUUUGUUUUUGAAUAUCUGCAUCAUUCUGCGACGGAUUUUGUCUUGUAAUACAGUUCUUCACGAGGAGCUGUCAGAAUUCACAAAGAAAAUUAAAAUAAAAAAUCCAAUGUUUAAUCUUUAACUCAAGUGUUUUGUUUGUUAAUCUUUUCCUUAGCAUUUCUCUGAUGCAUUUUGUUUGUUAAUCUUUUGCUCCACACUUCUCUGCUUGCAACCUGUAAAGAUUUUGCAGAACCCUUUCUGCUCUCUUUGCUCACACACACCCACCUUUGUUUUUGGAUUUUAGUUUUUUUUCAAAACUUUCUCACUCCUCUACUUUCUCUCUCAUCCAAAUUCUAGACACUAAAAAUGGGGUUAGCCUAGGUGCACAACUCACCACUUUGCUCUUUAAACUCAACAUUCCCUCUCUCUCUCUCUGACUUUCUUUCUUCACUCUCACUUGUUUCUCUCUCCUCAUUUUCUCUCUCUACAUUUGGUGCGUUGUAGGUGUUUGCUUCUUCAUAAACUACAUCUGGAUCCUUUUGACUUAACCCCUGCCUCCUUUUAACAUUCUCUCUCCAGCUUUCAACUUCAGAUUCUAGAGAGAGAAAGUGAGAUAGCAAAAAACAUGGGGAGAGCUACAAAAUGGUUAAAGGGCUUGCUGGGGAUGAAGAGAGAGAAACACCACGUCGACAACACCAGCACCGUGUCCAGCGACCGGAAGGAGAAGAAAAGGUGGAGCUUUGCCAAGUCAGGGAAAGACACUACCACCAAUCUUCCGCCGAAUGUUCCUGUCCCUGCUGACUCUGCCUGGCUCAGAUCCUAUCUUGCCGAGUCGGAGAAGGAGCAGAACAAGCACGCAAUUGCAGUGGCUGCGGCCACCGCAGCCGCUGCUGAUGCCGCCGUGGCUGCCGCACAGGCGGCUGUGGCUGUUGUGAGGUUGACAAGUCAAGGCGGCCAUGGCGGUGGAGGCGGGAUCAUGUUUGGGAAAAGAGAGAGAUGGGCUGCAAUGAAGAUUCAAACAGUUUUUAGAGGCUAUUUGGCGAGGAAGGCGCACCGUGCUCUUAGAGGACUGGUUAAGUUGCAGGCUCUUGUUAGAGGAUUUCUUGUCCGGAAGCGGGCUGCUGCUACUCUUUACAGUAUGCAAGCUCUUUUGAGAGCACAGACUACUGUCCGAUACCAGCGUGCGCGUCGUUCUUUCAAUAAAGAGAAUAGGUUCCUGCCCGAAAUCAAUGCCCGGAAGUGUGUUGAAAGAUUUGAAGAUGCAAGAAGUGAAUUUUAUAGCAGGAGGCUAUCUGCAACUUAUGAAACUUCGGUUGAUAGCUUUGAUGAAAGCCCGAAAAUUGUGGAAAUUGACACAUUCAAGCCGAGAUCCAGGUCUCGUAGAUUCAACACCAUAUUAUCUGAUCGUGGCGAAGACCUGCAUUACCAAACAAUCUCCUCACCGCUGCCCUGUCCAAUGCCAACUCGUAUCUCCAUACCUGAUAGCCAGAAACCUCAAGAUUUUGAAUGGUACUUCAAUGGUGAUGAAUGCAAGUUCUUGACUGCCCAUAACACUCCGCGGUUUGCCACCUCUUUUCGUUCUAAUGCUCCUGGCACACCAUCUAAAAGUGUUUGUGGAGACAGCUUCUUUCGGCCUUACUCAAACUUCCCAAACUACAUGUCAAGCACUCAGUCCUUUAAUGCCAAGUCGAGAUCCCACAGCGCCCCGAAGCAAAGGCCGGAACCAGGGCCUAAGAAGAGGCUUUCGCUUAACGAAAUGAUGGCAGCCAGAAACAGCAUCAGCAGCAUUCGAAUGCAUCGAUCGUGCAAUCAAGUCCAAGAAGAAGAAGAAGAAGAAGAAGAAGUCUCGAAUGAUUGAGAAAUCUGCAUAGCAGAUGGUUAAAAAAAAAAAAAAAAAAAA